GGACAUUUGUAUAAAUAGGGCAGAUUCUGUCUUAGAAAAUCAGAUCAACACACAGGUCACAGGUAGAUCAACGUGCAGAAGUAAAUUACGAACAGACAUUUUAAAAAAUGACACCACAGAUUCUGAUCCUCGCUUUGACCGUCGGUCUGGCACUGUCCCUCCCCCUCACCAACAGAUGUCCCCAGCCAACCACAACCUACCCCAACCCCAGGUUCUUCCUGUACGGCAGCCCCGACGACUGCCAGACGUUUUUCAUGUGUGACCAUGGCAACCCUAUCCGUAUGUCAUGUCCAGCCUUGACCACCUUCAGCGAGACUUACCAGACCUGCGUCAACAAGGACAGCCACUACGACACCUGUACACGUGAGAACGCCAUCCGAGAAUGUUCUAGAGGAUCCACCCUCAUCGCCCACCCCACAGCCUGCCAGAGGUACUACAACUGCUCCGACACAACAGAACGCUACCACAGUCAAUUGACUCAGUUUGAAAUGGAGUGCCCCUACCCUCAACUCUUUGACGUCACUGAGAGACGAUGCAAGCCUUACAGAGAGGCCUAUUGUGGCCCUUACAGGGUUGCUGCUACCGACGCCUGCGACUACUACAACAACCAGUGUGGCUCCGCCCACUGCCAGCCUUGUAGGAGUAGGUUCCCCUCAUGUCAGGGUCUAGCAGACGGCAUCCAUGAAAACCCCGACCGCCUCUGGUCACCAUACUACAUCGGGUGUGACGCUGAGAGGGUGGAGAAUUUGUUCUGCCCGUCCUCUCCUGUAGGAACCACCGGCAUCUUCUCCCCCAUCAAGAAACAGUGCGUCUCUUUGUGGGAGAUUCCACGAUCCAAUGGCGGUCUAGCACCCAGCUGUGACGGCCAGUCCGCAGGGAAGUACAAGACAGUCGAGAACGCCAGGGUCUACUUCACCUGCCCCAGCGGGGAUGUGUCCUACUGUCUCAACGGGAAGGUGUUCAAUGAGGCAACACAGCAAUGCCAAUAGAUCAGUUAAUUAAUUAAUAUAUGUAAUUUUACACGGAAACGUUUUAAACUAUAUUUUGAACAUAUAUUGUUGUUAGUUUCCUCCUAUGGUGGGGUUUUUACUCCAAGACUUUAAUUUCACCGAAUUAUUUCUGAAUUAAAAAUAAGAAGACAGAUUCCAUGAUGACGUCACGUAGUGAUUUACUCCUCCUUUUAAUCGUGUGUCUGAAAAUGUUAAAUUAUUCAGGCCACCCUCUUCACGCAAGUACCCUCCCCUCCCCCAUCUCAAAUUCUAGCCUUACCCCACAUUUAAAAAAUAUAUUAUCGGAAACUUCCAUCUAACUGACCUAAUUCUUGGGAAUGUUUUGUUUUUGUUUUUAAGAGAACAACCCAUGAAUUAAAAAUAAAGUAGGAUCCGAUCGAUCAUAAGAGAUCCAUGUUUCAUUAGUUAGUUUUGUUAUUGUGUUUUUGGUUUUUUUUUUUGUUGCCUACUUUUGCCAGUUGUUAUUUAUGCUCAACAACCUUAAUUUAUUGUUUGUAUGACUUUUUACAUUUUUAAAAUAAUAAAAAAAUGUUUUUGUAAUAAUAAAAUUAAAAAAA